AUGACGCAAAACGCCCGGCGUGAAAGAAUUGCGACGCCUGGAUCUCAGGGCUCUGCCGUGUCCCCAGGGGCUCCGCGCGAUCACCCCGAGCAGCGCCCUCCCGGACGCGCCCUUGAUGUCGAAGGUGCCAGCCCGGGCCAACUCCUGCAGGGCCUCCAUCGAGAUCUUGAAGCAAGUGUCCAUGUUGGGCAGCACCUGCAGCGGGAGCCGACUGGCGGCGGCCGCGAGGGCAGCGGGCGCCAGAGCGCAGACCAGGGGCAGGAGCGAGGUGGGACUGGCCGCAGCAGCGUGACCAAGUAUCCCGCCGCCGACUGA